CCUGUGGUUUCAUUAUGUCCGGACAUGCAGUACACCACCAUCAGCACUAGUUGCUUGCUGGUAUUUUAGUGUGCUAAGAUCUCACGGACCACUGUCUGUCAGAGAGGCACACCUCUGAGAGUGUUUGAAGGAAGGCAGUAAGGAUGAAGAACUCUUGGAAGCUCUGUGGAGCCCUGGCCGUCCUUUGGGGAGCUGUUCUUGGAGCAGCUUUUUAUGGGCUGGAACAAGAUGAAGAGAAGGUCUUGGUUGAUAACAAAUGCCAGUGUGUAAAGGUGACAUCAAAAUUUGUCCCUUCCAAAGACCAUCCACAAGAUGUAGUCUUGGAGAGAAACAUCAACAUCAUAGUUCCCCUUAUGACCAGAGAGAACAUCUCUGACCCCACCUCGCCAGUGAGAACCAGAUUUGUCUACAAGCUCUCCAAGCUCUGUGGUAAAUGUGCCUCGGCAGUGGAUGAUGAAGUGGCGAUCAAGGAGCCUGCAACUGGGCAGAGCAGUUUAUGCAAUGACUCCGAUGAACCCUGCUACACCUAUGACAGGAAUAAAUGCUACACAGCAUCAUGCCUGUUCUCCAACGGAGGGAAAAUUGAGACCAUUGAGACAGCCUUGACGCCUGAAUCCUGCUAUUCUGAUUAGAUCACGGAGCUAAACCAUCAUGUAGGGUGUGAUGGGGCAGUUCUACAUCACACAAACUUAAUGUUGGUUUUACAAUACCAGUUAUGGCUUCCCCCAAAGGAUCCUGGGAAUUGUAGUUUGGUGAGGGUGCAGAGAAGUCACUGUUAGCAAUCCUGUGCACCCCUCACAGAUCUGCAGCUGGGUGUGAGAAUUAACCAAAUUAAGUCUGUGGAGUGCAGACAUGCCUGUAUUGUCAUGUACGCUUGAAGUAAAAUACAUAUUUUAUCUGCA